UCAACGGCCAUAGCUUUGUCAAUUUCGAUUGUUCCCAGUGCACUCGCGAGGCUUAUUGUUCAUUGCUGAUGUUUGGCAGAGAGUGCUCAAACACAUACCCACGACCUUACACGACGGUCACUGUUCCCCUGCAUUACAAUUGCACGCUUCUGCAUCAUCGCUUCCUCUGUACAACGUAUCUCGGUCCAUGGACUGUCAGAACUGCAUAUUUCUCAUGCACUAGAACGAUUGCUCUGUGCGUGUGUGUGUGUGUGUGCGAGAGAGAGAGAGAGAGAGAGAGAGAGAGAGAGAGAGAGAGAGAGAGAGAGAGAGAGAGAGAGAGAGAGAGAGGUGCUUGUUGGUCAAAGUGCCCGAGAGCCAUCGGUAAUGGCCGCGAUAGUUCGGACACCGGCGUUGGUGGCGACCCUACAGGCACAACGGCUGGUUGAACGAAGUCAGGUCGGGACCAGACUCCCUCGUCCUGACGAGAUCUGCGCCAAUUCCAUUCGUGCGAGUGAUUUACCCUGGGGUCAGUGCGACCAGCCUUCUUCAGAGGGACGGAGAAGGACACCUGUAUCUUCUUCUUCUUCUACCAAUGCUGCCUCCUCGUCUUGGCAAGAUGUGCAGGAUGACACAGGAAGAAGAAAGCGCAUUAUGGCGGGAAGAACGAAGAGCAUCAUGGCGGGAGGUAGCAGGAGGAGAAGUAGAAAGAGCACCGUGGUGGGACGGAGUAGCGCCAUCGCCGGCAGCUGCUUCAUGACAGAGGGGGAUCGUGACGGCGUGUCCAUCCCCCUUGACAGGCAAUGGAAUCGAUUAACUGAAGUGGGCACAGAGACGAAAAAUGGCGGGAGGAGUUUUGCGCGGGAAAAGUUGAUCUUGGCGGGAAUGCUUGGCGGGAGAGGUCGCCAUUUGAUGACAUCGUUUGCCUUGUCUGACCGCCACGUGGCGCGCUUCCUCACAUUGGCUUCUGAUUGGCCGAGCUGCAGAAGGGAAAACGACAAAUCUGCUGACCUGGGGAUCAUCGCGAGAAGCGGGAGGAGUCGCAAAUCUGUCUUUGUUUCUGGUAACCUGUCAGAGUGUGCGGCACUUACGACGACCGCGAACGAGGCGGCGGUGUCACACAAUGCGGCCGAAAUCGCCGCUGAAUCUUCCUCCUCCCACGGCGCUGCUAUCUACCCCGAUCCCGAUCUCUAUGCCACAUCGGCCGUUAGCAGUGAGCGAGAAGUGGGCAAACACGUGUGCUUGUUUUACUGUGACGAGACGAAGGAUUUGGCACAGAAGAUAGCAGCAGAAAACGACAAAAUCGAGCUGCAGACAGUCCAGUGGGGGCGUUUUGCAGAUGGUUUUCCAAACUUGUUCAUUCCAAAUGCACAUGGCAUUCGCAACCGCCAUGUGGCGUUCUUGGCCUCGUUCAGCUCCCCCGCUGUCAUAUUUGAGCAGCUGUCUGUCAUCUACGCACUUCCGCGCAUGUUCGUAUCCUCGUUCACGCUUGUCCUGCCUUUCUUUCCGACGGGGACUGUUGAGCGCAUGGAGGAUGAAGGUGAUAUCGCCACCGCUUUCACACUCUCUCGCAUCUUGUCCAACAUACCGCUCUCCCGAGGGGGCCCGACAAGUGUCGUCAUUUUUGACAUCCAUGCUCUGCAGGAGAGAUUCUACUUUGGAGACUAUGUUCAUCCUUUCUUUGAGAGUGGCGUUCCAUUGCUGAAGGAGCACUUGAGUCAACUUCCUGACUUUGAUAAUGUCACGAUUGCAUUCCCAGAUGAGGGAGCAUGGAAGCGCUUCUAUAAACAGUUUGCAGGCUUUGAUACUAUAAUCUGUACUAAGGUGCGUGAUGGAAAUAAGAGACUUGUGCGGUUGAAGGAGGGAAAUCCACAAGGCCGCCAUGUCGUCAUUGUGGAUGACCUUGUGCAGUCUGGCAGUACGCUUGUCGAAUGUCAGAAAGUGUUGGCCGGACUGGGGGCCUCUUGUGUGAGCGCAUAUGCAACUCAUGGGGUCUUUCCGAACCAAAGCUGGAAAAGAUUUCUUCACAACGGAGCAGAUGACACAGAUGGCGGUGGAUUUGCGCACUUCUGGAUUACGGACUCCUGCGCGCAAACAGUCAAUCAGGUCCAAGGACGGCAACCAUUUGAGAUUUUGAGUCUUGCUAAACUCAUUGCUGCGGCUCUGCAGAUCUGAGUGAGUAAUAGCUGCACAGCCGGGGCCAAGACCCACUUACCCGAAUAAUGGAUUUCUGACUGUAGAUUUGGAAGAUCAACGACCAGAAAUCAAGGAUCAGCGUAAGUGGGUCCUGGCCCCCGGGUGGUGGUCAAGUCGCUGUGGCGCUGAGUCUUUUUUUCCCAAUGUGGAGUUUUCCCCAGACGUAGGAAAUCCAAAAAAUCCAAAAAAACGUUGCAGCGCUUGAUUUGCCUACCGUCUUCACCCGAAUGGAACGUCCGGUCAUUGCAGCUGUAUCCGGACUGAACCAAAUACAGCUAUAAUGACCGGGCUUUCUAUUCAGGUGAAGACGGUAGUGGUGCCGCCAGCCUUUUGAUGCGCACUCCUGUGGUCCCCGGCCUCUUUUUCCCAAUGUCGACUUUCCCCCGGCCCUAAGAAAUCCGAAACCGUCGCAGCUUGUGAUUCGCCUGGUCCCCACCUCGCCAGCCUUUUUCUGAUGCGCUCUCUGGUGCCGAAGACCCCAACGGAUCCCAGCCUCGUUGUCCCAGUGCGGAUGAUUCCCCGGCCCUAAUCUGUCGAAGCUCGUGCUUUGCCUCGUGCUGCCACCCUUUUUUUUUGCGAUGUGACAGCGGCCGGUUUUCAAAGGUCAGGGUGACCUCUGCGUGCAAGCAAGGUGAUUCAGAAUUCGGCGAUUUUUUUUAUUUUGAAGAAACUGCCUCGUUUUAUUAUACCGAAGGAGAAUUCGGCGAUUUGCUUCUGCACCUUGUGUGGCAAGAGUCCAAUAAAUGACAAACACGGCA